AUAAACAUCAAGCGCCGUCUGUUUGUUUUGCACAGGUCUCAGGUCUCUCAGUCGAACACAUUCGCUUCAUCUUCAUUCUUUCAGUCAAGAUGCGAUCAUUCUUGCUACUCGCUGCGGCGGUUCCUUUCGCUCAAGCUGUUCGCAUCGUACAGUCAAACGACGAUGGAUGGUCAGAGGCAAAUAUCCGUACCUUCUUUGACGUCUUGAACUCUGCUGGCCACGAGGUUGUCCUGUCUGGUCCUGCUGAGAAUCAGUCUGGCAGAGGAUCAUCCGACGAACCCCCGAAGACUGUUGAUUCAGACGGCUGCAUUCAUGCAUCCUGCCCAGGUGGAAGCCCGCCCACAGGUGCAAAUGCGACAGACCCUCGUUUGAACUACGUGAACUCGUUCCCGGUUACUUCUAUCAAGCAAGGUAUCGAUGUCACCGCGCCUAAGCUCUGGAACGGCGCAAAGCCCGAACUCGCUCUGACCGGACCGAAUGUCGGAAGCAAUGUUGCUGUUCAGGUGCCCUUCUCCGGUACCGUCGGCGCAGCUACAUAUGCGGCAAAGACGGCCCAAAUUCCAGCUAUCGCCUUCUCUGGCCAGUCUGGAGAUCCUACCGCAUGGAAUGUCCCUACACCUUUCCACAGCAAGAUCUAUGCUGAUCUGGCUCUGAACGUCACUACCACCAUCAUCAACAGCGGAAAGCCAUACCUCCCAGCGAACACCUACUUGAACGUCAACUUCCCCUCUGUCUCCGAGACCAAGUGCAGCGAUCCCAGUCAGUUCAAGUACAUCUUUACUCGCAUCAACACUGGUCUUUUGAGUGCUCGCGACGCGGACUGGUGCGGUAGCACGCGCCUUCCGUGGGAGGCAGACGUCAUCUUGAUUCGAGGAAGCGACUGCUACGUUACUAUCAGCCCUGGUGAUGCAAACGACAAGACCACCAUAAACGAUGCUGCGGUCCAAACUCAGAUCAUCAACAAGCUCAAGCCGAUCUUGUCGUGCUUGCCUUAG